AAGAGACGCCGAUCGAGUUCAUCGCAGACAAGCCCCACACUUCCACAGACACAAAAGAAGCAAUAGCAUUCGCCGGAGCAGAGCCCAUCUUCUCGAUCGCUCGCUUUGCUAGCUGCAUUUGACACCGCCCAGCUCGAGAAAACCCCAAAUUAGUCUUCAGCUCUCCCCGCAUCGCUUAAGUGUGGUAGGAUAACAUAAUCGUCGACAUGGUUGGAAGCAGCGGCCCAAUGCAGGCGGUGCUGACGGCGCCCGGGGUGAAGGACAGGAAGGUGCACGCGUUCAAGCGGGACGCGCUCAAGGACAAGGACGCCGUCGCGGCCCUCAUGCACUCCAUCGCCGCCCCCGCCGGCACCGCCCGGAGCGCCUUCUUCGUCCUGGACCUCGCCAGGCUCGUCGACCUGUACAGCGCCUGGCGCCGCGCGCUCCCCGACGUGCGGCCCUACUACGCCGUCAAGUGCAACCCCGAGCCGGCAAUGCUCGGCGCGCUGGCCGCUCUCGGAGCAGGUUUUGACUGCGCCAGCCGCGCCGAGAUCGAGGCCGUCCUCGCGCACGGGGUCGAGCCCGGGAGCAUCGUGUACGCCAACCCGUGCAAGCCCGAGGCGCACCUCGAGUACGCGGCGUCCGUCGGCGUCAACCUCACCACCUACGACACCGAGGAGGAGGUGGCCAAGGUCAAGCGCUGCCAUCCGGACUGCGAGCUCCUCCUCCGCAUCAAGGGCCCCGACAACGACGAGGCCAAGAUCGACCUGGGCACCAAGUACGGCGCGCACGCCGAGGAAGUCGUGCCUCUCCUGCGCGCCGCCCAGCGCGCGGGCCUCACCGUGGCGGGCGUCUCCUUCCACGUCGGGGCCUGCACUUCCCGCACCGACGUCUACCACGACGCCAUCAGGGCAUCCCGCGCGGCGUUCGACGCGGCCGCCGCCCUCGGCAUGCCGCCCAUGCGCGUGCUCGACAUCGGCGGCGGCUUCAUGGCGGACGCCUCGUUCGGACGCGCGGCGGCGGCCAUAAAGGACGCGCUCGCGCAGCACUUCGGCGAGCUCCUCCCGUGCGUGGAGGUGAUCGGCGAGCCGGGGCAGUACUUCGGCGAGACCGUGUUCACGCUCGCGGCGCGCGUCAUCGGGAAGCGCGCGCGCGGCGAGGCGCGGCAGUACUGGAUCGACGACGGGCUCUACGGCUCCCUCAGCUGCGCGCUCAUGGGCGACUACGUGCCGCGCCCAAGGCCGCUGCUCGCCGCCCCGCGCCCCGGCGGAGAGAAGACGUACGCCUCGACGGUGUUCGGGCCGACGUGCGACUCCCGGGACAAGGUGGUGAGCGGGUACCAGCUGCCGGAGAUGAGCGUGGGGGACUGGCUCGUGUUCGACGGCAUUGGCGCCUACGCCGCCUCGUCAGGGUCCAACUUCAACGGAUUCUUGAUGUCCGACAUAAAGACAUACUUGGCGUACUCAACCUAGGGAUCGAUCCGAUGCAUUAUCAUUGGGCAAUGGGCAAUGGAUAAUAAUGUUGAGGUUGGGUGAAACUCUUCUUCUGCGUUGUGUGCAUGAAUAUUGUUUCGGAAGAAACACUUUGUGCGUUUUCCGCGGCAUUGGUUGUGUCCACAAGAAAAUAAAACCCUUCUUUAUCUAAAGAUGAGUUUAGCUCAUUUUUGUAUAUUGUAUCUAAGGUGAAGUCGAUAAAUUCUCUUGUUUCCUGAAAUGAGAAGUUCUUCGGGGCAUGUACAAUUAAUGGUUGAUAAAUUGUCUUAUC